GCCUCUGCGAGGCCCCGGGGAAACGGGCAUCCCUGCUCCAGUGACAGAAGGACAAAGACGGAGCCCGGUGGCUGGGUGUUUCGCCCAGGAUCACCAGCGAGCUCAGAGUCCUCCCCGUGACCGCCCCAGGGUGGGCAUUUUUAAAAGCAGAGGAAGGGAGGGAACACACUUUUUGGUGCUGUGGCCACCUUGCCUCGCCCAGGGCGGGCGCUCACAGGCUUUGGGGGCCCCGCCCGGGCCGCAGAGGGGAGAGGCCGCCCCAUGCCCCGCCCCGCCAAAUUUAAGAGCCUUCGCCGAACGCCGGGAGGUUCCCAGACAACCGGUCUUGCUCCCGACCUUUUGCAGAAUCUUCUCACUCCUCCCGAGCUCCCUUCCUUGCGCCAGUCCCGGCAAGGGACGCGUCAUGCCCAGCCCCAGGCCGCGAGGCAGCCCGCCGCCCGCUCCCUCGGGCGCUCGGGUCCGGUCUCCGCGCUCGGGCCGCCCUCCGGCGCCUAGGUUCCCCCCCGGCCCGAACACGCCCCGCGCUCCCAGACGCUUCGAGUCCCCCUUCUCUGUCGAGGCCAUCCUGGCGAGGCCCGACCCCCGCACGCCGGCGGCCUCCCAGCCGUCGGGCUCCGCCUGCGCCCACCCGGCCUUCUGGACCGCUCCUUUCCUGUGCGCCGCCCCGGGCCUGCCCUGGGCGUGCCCGGCAUCGUGGUUGCCCGCCUACCUGAGCGUGGGUCUCUACCCUGUGCCAGGGCCGCGCAUGGCUCCCGUCUGCGGCCUGCGGGGCUUCGGCGUCACAGGGUUGGAGCUGGCUCAUUGCUCAGGACUCUGGGCCUUCCCAGACUGGGCCCCAACGGAGGACCUAAGGGACACUGAGAGACAGCAAAAGAGAGUCCGAACUAUGUUUAACUUGGAGCAGCUGGAAGAGUUGGAGAAAGUGUUUGCAAAACAGCACAAUCUGGUGGGGAAGAAGAGAGCCCAGCUGGCAGCUCGGCUCAAACUUACAGAGAACCAGGUGAGAGUCUGGUUCCAGAACCGCAGGGUCAAGUAUCAGAAGCAGCAAAAGCUGAGGGCAGCGGUUACAUCUGCCGAGGCUGCCUCCCUGGAUGAGCCUUCCAGCAGCUCCAACGCCAGUAUCCAGAGUGAUGAUGCCGAGUCAGGAGUAGACGGCUGAGGACUGGGACAGAGGCCCUAGCCAGGCUGCCUGGGCUAGUUCCUCCUGGGGGUACCCACUGGAGCUCCCUGCCUCACACUUCAACAAAAAGCCUCCUCAACCAGAGGAAUCUGAGCUGUCAAGCAGGGACCCCCUUUUCUAUACUGAUUUCUGGAAACUGGAAUAAUGUAAUAAUUGGAGACACAGAUUCUCGCCUUCAACUAUGUCCUUGGCCAACCUAUGGAACUUCCCGAGCCUUUUUUCUUUAUAUGUAUAAUGGGUGCAUUCAUAACUUAGACCACCCAGGGGUGAGAAGAUGUCUGUAAAGCAAUAAUGUGCCAGGCACAGUG